AUGCUUGACUUUGAAAACAAGAUCAUAGUUGUCACUGGGGCCGCAGGUGGCAUUGGUCGAGCAGUCGCUCUUGAGUUCGCCGCAGCCGGUGCUAUCAUCGUCAUGGCUGAUAUUCAAACUGAGACUCAGGAAGUUAUCGUCUCCGAUAUCGAGGCAAAGGGCGGCCAGGCUUUUUCAUACUACUGCGACGUUUCCAAUGAUGAUUCCGUAUCCAAAUUUGCCGCCUCCGUCCUAGACAACAUCGGAGUUCCCGACGUCCUCUACAAUAACGCCGUCUUCUUCCGGACAGGUGGAAUUCUCAACAUCGAUCUCGACAUUCUACGACGCGAGUUUGAUGUCAACGUCUUGGGGUAUAUAAGGAUUGCACAGAAUUUCUUGCCCGCCAUGAUUGGCCGAGGGACCGGCUGGAUCGCCAACACGGCAUCACCAAAUGCCUUUGUUCCGCCACAACCUGUGGCCGAGGGCAUGCUGGGUUAUUGUAUCACGAAGGGAGCUGAGGCCGCUUUGACUCAGUGCAUGGCUAAGUCGCUCAAGUUGAACGGUGUGGGAGUCAGUCUCGUAAUUCCUGAUGUUACCUAUACCGAGUCAGUUCUCAACAUCUCCGGAAACGCCUCGGACGAAUGGCAUGAGAAUUUCAAAAAGUUCUUUACAAAAAUCAGUCGCCCAGCUGGAGUCGUAGCGAAAUUGCUUGUUCAAGGCUUGAGAGAGGAAAAAUAUCUUGUUAGCGCGCAUCCUGGGUUCGAUAACGUUCUGCGUGAGUGGGUGCAGAACGAUCUAGAUCCCCAUCAGGAUUAUCUUCGACGUCAGAAUUAA